AUGGUUUUUGAAAAUUUAUUUCAAAAACAGAAAAAAUCCGAACCUACAUCUUCAUCUUCUCCAGUAAUUAAGACUAAUAAUGAUAAUAAUGAUGAUAAUAAGAAAUAUAUAAAUUCAUUAAAAGAUUGUAAACCUACAGCACUUGAAGAUUAUGGUUAUUAUUUUUUUCCUGAAAGAUUCGGUAAAGAACAUAUAUUAACAAUACCACAACGUAUUUUACAACUUUCAAUUCCAUAUGAUUCAGCUGCACGAGAUUUAACAAGAAAAAUUGAAUGUGAAAAAUAUAUUAUUAAAGCAAUUGAAACAAAUCCAUUAAUUAAAACACUUGUACAAGCACUUGCUGAUCAUAAUUGUCCUAUUGAUUUAUCACGUCAUUUUAGUUGUGAAUAUUGUGAUGAUGCUAUGCCAACUGGAAUGUUUGAUCCAGCAACAAAUCAAAUAGUUGUUUGUAAAAAUCAAAUAUCAUAUUUUGAUAAUUGUAUUAUUACAGGACUUGUACAAGCAUUUGAUUAUUGUCGAAAUAAAUAUGAUGUACAUAAUUUACGUCAUUUUGCAUGUAGUCAAAUACGUGCAUUAAAUUUUACUGAUUGUAGUCUUAUUAAAGGAUGUUAUGUGGAUUUUCGUGUUAAACGACGUUAUCAUGCAUGUUUAGAAAGUGAAGCAGUACGACGAUUACGUAUGAUGCGUUCUGUAGAAGAAAAAGAAGCAAAACAAAUUGUUAAAGAUGUUUUUCGACCAUGUCGUUAUGAUUUAGAACCAUUUGGUGAAGUUCCAAAACUCGUUCCAAAAAAUAAAUAUAUAUACAAUGAGUAUGAACGAUAUCGACGAUGGUCUAAAACAACAUCACCUCCCAUUACAUUUCAUGUGAUCGGCUUCGGUGAAGUGAACGAUACAUUUCUUAAUCAAAUCCGAACAUUUGGUACUCGGCAAGGUCUCUUUCGUUAUUCAACAGAAUCCAAAGAAUUACAAAAUAAUUUUAAUGAUAUGUUUGAAUAUGCAUUGAAUGUUCGUCAAUUCACCAUUAAAUUCCCCAAUGGAAAGACUUAUACUGCAAAUAAUAUCGAUAACGAAACCGUUGGUUUUCUUACGAACGAUGGUGAUGAUCUCAGUGCGAUGACCGAAUUGACACUCAUUGAUGAUAAAGCAACAACGACACAAUUUCCCCUAGCACCGAUGAAAGACAUUCGUGCGAUACAUCGUCUCCAUGCACUGAACCUUAUUCAACCGGAAAACGAAGAACAGGUCAAAUCAAUUCAAACCUAUUUGAAUGAUAUUCAAAUAACAAACAGCAAGAAUUUCGCGGAACGUCUAGAAACGGAACAAAUUUACAAGGAAAUCGAUCAACGUAUGAUGGAAUAUCGACAAUUAUUUACACAAUUAAAAAUGACUCAAGUACCCGAACAUGUAAAAUUGCAAUUGAGUGCACUGAGACAUGAUCCAAUCUUUGCUAAUACACAACGAAAGAAGAAAUUAGAUUUAAGAGUCUAUAAGAAUGUCGAUUAUUUCAAAAAAACAGAUAUCAGUGGGAUAUUACAAGGAUAUAAAGAUUCUAUUACAUCGGAUACAUGGCAAAAGAUCAAAGAACAGAAACAGGAUUGGGUGGAUACCUACUCCAAUGAAGAUAUCUAUGAAAUUAUGAGAAAAUCAUCGGAUAAUAUUUUAUGUCUGGGUAUUUUUGUUCAACGUGACGAAGAAGUCAUCAACAAUCCCGCGAAAGGUUUAAAACUUUUAAAGGUGACCAAUACUAUUAUUUCCUAUGAUUCGUUUAUCAAUGGAAUGAAUCUAGCAAAAAAUAAUCAACAAGUCCAAGGACAAUUCACUACUCUAAAUGAUCUCUAUUCCAUCGCUGGUGCUCUCGCCGAUGAACAAAUCAAUGCAGUCAUACCCUUGUAUAUCAACGAUGAACAUAUGAAGCGAAUACGUAUUCUUGAAGGUAUCUGGCUUGGUUAUCUCUAUACCCUGGAUAGCUACGGAUAUGAUAAACAACAGGAAGUUGCACUUUUAAAAUUACUCUAUGAAAUAAUUCAACAACGUACGAAUACACAACGGCAAAAACAAGUCUUAAUCGAACUGGAGAAAGUAUGUCGAUUUAUAAUCGAUGAAUCCCAAGGUUUUAAAACCGCGGAACAAUUUGGUGAGAAGACCUAUGAAAAAUUAUUGAAGCGACUACCCAUUGUCAAUACUCAAGAGUAUGAUUUAUCUAUACCACUGAUGAUUGGUUAUUUAAGAAAUGAUCUCACAUCUGUUCUCGUACCAAUUUACUAUGAACAUCUUCGACAAGAAUAUCUAAAGAAAUAUCCAAGGAAUUCAGCGACAGUGAAAACAAUUGUAGAAAAUCUUGUCUAUGGUUGUGACACGAAGCAUUUGCCAACCACCUUCAGUACAAAUAAUUCGAACAUAUUAAUCAAUAACAACUUACCGGAUUACAUCGAAAAAAGUUUUAUCGAUUAUUUUCAUGAUGAAUUAUCUCAACCAUUUCAAUUAACACCAGAAAAGAUAAUCAAGGAAAAUCGCAAACGGAUGAUACGUGAGGAAAUCGAAUUGGAUUAUAUCAAAAGUUUGCUCUUACAAUUACCCGAUUUUAUUCGAACGAUGUUAAAUCCUUGUCAAAUCGACGAAGAUUACAUUGAAAAACACUUAGAUUACGACACUUUAAGAUAUGAGUUAUUAAUUACAUUUUAUUAUCUGAUUUAUUCAGAUACAAAUAGUGGAGGACUUUUAAAUUUACCGAAGAAAGAAAAUAUUUUAUCUGUCAUUGACGGACGAUUGCAAAGUGAGAAAGAACGUGUCGUAGCUCAUGAUGACUCAGAAAGCGUCCAUCUUGCCCAUCUUAUCAGUCAUGUUGCUCUGAACUGUAAGACAUUGGAAGGUUUUGCUGGUGUCAUGCGCAAAUAUUGUCCGAACCGCCGUGGUCUAAUAUUUAGUGAAGUUUUUAUACGAUUACUUGAAUCAUAUGAUGAGGAUGAGGGUGACACUGUUGGCACAGCAACCAAGAAAGAGAAACUCAUGGCUUUGCUGAAAAAUCAAAUUUCAACAACGACGGCAACCGAAGUAAUUUACGAGGAUAUGGAUCAGUGCCAUUCGUUACCAUCCUUGGAUGAACAACUAAGAUCAUUACGGCGGUUUAUUGAUGAAAAGAAAAUUGAACAAAUUGGAUUACAAAAUCGAGGAAGAUUAGUGGUUUAUUGUCGUAGAACACUUAUGAAAGACCGACAAUGUCGAAGAAAAAGAAACUAUCGUUAUUUUUUAAACCCAUUUUAUGAAGAUUCUUUUUGA